GUAAUCGUCUCAACAUGUAUGCAAGUAUGACCUCACAAUGUUGCACCUGUGCCAUUUGAGUUCGUAGCUAUGGUAACUUUUAAAAGCACCAAUUAAAAACAACAUUUAUUUUCAAACUAUUCGUGGUGCAAGACGGCAAUGCAUUAGACCGAGCAGCUGACAUGAAAAGAAUGAUGACCCCCCCUAGCGAUGACAGUGACGUAAGCGAUCAGCGCCACCCCAUGAAGACACGCUGCGCUGGUGGCCAGGGAGGAGACAGCCCUGGCAUGGACCCGAAAAAAUGGAUCACCUUCAAAGACCUCCAUGACCGGGUCACGCAGCUGCUCUCCACUAAGCUCAACCCCUGUAACAUCAAGCAGUGCAAGUCCAAACUGGACAUCCUCAAUAAGUGCUCCUAUUACCUGGAGGUCAUGCGCCAGGACACACUCCACCAACCAGACCCGCAGCAGAACUACCUGUCCAACUCCACCAUCCUCCACCUCAUCGAUCCCUGGAAGUUCCAGCGGAUGAAGAAGCUGGGCCACAGCCAGGUGCAGAUCCAGCUGAGCCUGCUGGAAGAGCUCUACGAGCAGUUCUGUAAGGGCAAAGUGGAAAUGGAGGCCAUAGCCAGCCAGAGCGACUAUGGCGAUCAAGAGAUCGCCCACAUAAAUGGGAGGAUAGCGCAUCUCAUUAAGGCGUUCACGGACUUUGACUCGACACUGAUGCCCGGGGAGCUGCACACAAAGCACCGGCUCAUCUCCGAGACGGGCAACGCCAAGGUGCCCCAGAUCCAUUUGAGGUUGUCCGUCAAAAUGCCCGUGAUGUUCGACACGUCACGCUCGGAGGCUCUGGCCGACUGCGCCCGGCUGCACUGGGAAAUGGCCGGGCAGGAGCAGCAGGAGCCUGGGGAACAGUUUGAGAUCCGCUACAAGCUCCUCCAGCCGACCAACACGGAGGAAGGGAACCAGCUAGGAACGGUGACCUGCAACUCCUACUGCAUACAGGUCAACAACCUGUUGCCGCAAAGGUGCUACGAGUUCACAGUGAAGCGGGCUGACGCCUGCUGCCUGGUCUACGGGUUCUGGAAUGACACCAUGGUGCUCAGAACCAUGCCACUAUCCCCAGGGGGCUUCACCGGGAGCCAGGAGAAGAGGAGAAGGCUGUUCCCCUGGUAAAAGGCUAGCGUGGCGUGAGUGCAUAGCAAUAUGAAAAUUAAGACAUUUUAAUUUUUUUAAUCUCUCUAAUAAAAGACAUUGUCAAGAUUUUGGGGAUUCGAGCCUAGUCCUUUAAUCAUGAUACAGAGCAAAACAAAUAUUGUCCUUGAGAAUGUGUCUGAUAUGUUGUUAUGGCAUUGUUAUGUCUGCCACCUAGCCAUAUGGCCAUACCAGACAUAACUGUGGAGAGAGUGAAGAAGGUUUUUCUUUUCCAAUAGCAGCAUAAACAUGGACAUUUCAAUAUAAUAGCGGAUGUCCAUAAUUAUGGCGGCUCCCAUGCACUUGUCACAAAUGCCUUGUUCGCCAUAUUGUAUAUUGAUCUCUUUUUUUUUCUUUGCAUUGUCUUUAGCAGAGUAUACUGUACAUGAUCCCAAUUUUAGCUCCAAGACCGUGGAAUAAAAAUAAAAAAACGAUACAGUAUAUUGGCUUAUCGAA